AUGGGUAAAGGCAAGCCGCGCGGUCUCAACGCCGCCCGCAAGUUGCGCACCCACCGCCGCGACAACCGCUGGGCCGAUCUCUCAUUCAAGAAGCGCCUCCUCGGAACCGCCUUCAAGUCCUCGCCAUUCGGUGGCUCCUCCCACGCCAAGGGUAUCGUUCUCGAGAAAGUCGGUGUCGAAGCCAAACAGCCCAACUCUGCUAUCCGAAAGUGUGUCAAGGUGCAGUUGAUCAAGAACGGCAAGAAGGUCACUGCUUUCGUGCCAAAUGACGGUUGCUUGAACUUUGUCGAUGAGAACGACGAAGUACUCCUCGCUGGUUUCGGUCGUAAGGGCAAGGCCAAGGGUGAUAUUCCCGGUGUCCGAUUCAAGGUCGUCAAGGUUUCCGGUGUCGGCCUCAGUGCUCUCUGGAAGGAGAAGAAGGAGAAGCCCAGAUCUUAG